AUGAGCAGCUGCUGUAUUGACAAUGGAAAUCGAAGCGCAUCUGCUGUGGAUUGUUAUUACUGUUCCGAGGGCUCCGCCGCUCCUCAGCCUUGCCCCCGGGGAACCAUCAGUGCCGAGGAUGGCCGAGGCAGCUGUAGCACCUGUCCCCAGGGCUUCUACUGUCCGGAAAGCAGUAAUGGGUCCUUCUAUGAGUGUCCAGUGGGUCAUUACUGUCCGGUUGGGACCUGGUCCAAAUAUCUCUACCCAUGUCCAGCUGGGUCCAUCAACCCUCACACUCAGAUGGCAAAAGCCCAGGACUGCAUACCCUGCCCACCAGGUUUGUUCUGCGCAUCUCCCGGCAUGUCUGUUGCAUCAGGCCAGUGUCUCGCUGGCUAUUACUGCCAUUCUGGCGCUCGGUCACCCACGCCAGCUGAUGGUGGUGUGACAGGUGACCUCUGUCCUGAGGGCCAUUAUUGUCCUCAGGGUUCCUCAGCACCGUUACCCUGCCCCUUGGGACAUUACAGCAAUAAAACCAGGAACAGUCAAAUCUCUGACUGCAUCCCGUGUUCUCCUGGGUUCCUGUGCGCCACCAGAGGGCUCUCUUUCCCUUCUCACUUGUGUUCCGCAGGCUCCUACUGUCCUAGCCUUAAUACGUCAAUACCCUGUCCUGGUGGAAACAUGUGUCCACCUGGCUCUCAUAGACCAGUACCCUGCUUGCCAGGGACGUACCAAAAUGUGCCAGGGCAGGCAGAGUGUGUUACAUGCCCAGUGGGAUUUUACUGUGCUGGCUCCAUGGAUGAUGAUGACAAUGGGAAAAUGUCCGGGAUUCACACUCCCACGCUGUGUCCUAAAGGACACUAUUGCCCACCAGGGUCACAGUCUGGUGUAGCCUUUCCAUGCCCAGCUGGCACCUUCAGCAGGCAGAUGGGCUUGUCCAGCGAGUGGGGCUGUGAGCCGUGUCCUCCUGGGACUUACUGCGCCUCCUCUGGAUUGGCAGCCCCGACUGGGCUCUGCUCUCCUGGUUACUUCUGCGCCCACAGGUCUGUCUCUGCCCAGCCACAAGGCGAGCCGACAGGGGGACGCUGCCCUGCGGGGUCCUACUGCCCACAGGGUAGCGGUAGUAGAGUCCCUUGUCCUGCUGGCACGUUCAGCUCCAUAGAAGGGGCGACGUCGACGGAGGAAUGUCAGCUUUGUCUACCCGGCCAUUAUUGUGCCAACGCUGGCCUCUCGGCCCCAUCUGGUCCCUGCAAGCCUGGAUUCUAUUGCACAGAGGGGUCCACAACUGACAUGCCCCGGGGAAACAACACAGGAGGCAGCAUGUCUUCAAUGCCGCUUCCCGUGGAGUCAACCCUGGGUCAGACCCAUGGAGACGUGUGUCCUGUUGGCCACUAUUGUCCUGAAGGGAGCACAAUGCCAAGUCCCUGUCCUCCAGGCACUUUCCAAGGGCGGUCAGGGGCUGAGUCUGAGGCCGACUGUGAAGCUUGCUACCCAGGGUCCUACUGCCCCUCGUGGGCGCAGGCCUCUGUGGACCUCCAGUGUCCUGCAGGGUGGUUCUGUCCACCGGGGUCCGUGUCUGGACAUCAGCCAGGAUGUCAGUGUCCGCCUGGCCACUCGUGUCCAUAUGGUAGUGCUGAGCCGUCCAUCUGUGGCCCGGGAGCUUUUCAAUCUUCAUCUGGCCAGUCUGCGUGCAACAUCUGCCCACCAGGUUUUUACUGUACACAGGGUUCAUCGGUGCCAUCUCCCUGUCCCAUUGGCACUGUCAUUCCAUCAUCUGGCAGAACGUCCCCCAGUGACUGCACCCCUUGCCCCUCUGGCUCCUUCUGCAACAGCAUUGCUCUGACAGAGCCCUCUGGACUCUGCAGCCCAGGAUAUUUUUGUUCACCCGGGUCCCCCGAGCCGUCUCCUGUCUCCCAGCCUCAUGGAGACAUCUGUCCCACUGGACACUUCUGUCCUCUGGGUAGUGAAUCACCCAAACCCUGUCCUAUUGGCAGCUAUCUCCCUGAGCCUGGAGCUUCCUCCCCCUCUCACUGCCGCCCCUGUCCACCUGGGAAAUACUGUGUCAGCCCUGGAGCCUCACAGCCUACAGGUUUGUGUUCCGCGGGGUUCUUUUGUACCGGAGGUGCAGACAAUCCAACACCACAAGCCAACUCCUUUUUAUUUAGCUGUCUACAUGAAAUUCUGGACAUUUAUGACCAAAAGAAAGAGAACGUGUCCUGGAUGCAAAACAUGUCAUGCUUCUACAACUCCUGCAGUGCUGAGGGAGACUCCAAGUGGGUCAAAGUGGAUGCGCCGGACCGGCACUCAGACUCCCUCCAUAUUAUUACUUACUCACCGCGACGCCUCAAGAGUCCACAUAAUGGGAAAUGUGCCACCUACCAAGGAGAUUUAUGCCCCAAGGGUUUUUAUUGUCCUUUGGGUUCUUCGUACCCCCGUCCGUGUGAAACCGGUUCCUCCUGCAACCAAACUGGCCUGGAAGCCCCAUCAGAGCCCUGUGCUGCAGGAUACUACUGCCCUAGCGCUUCUCAAGACCCCCAUGCCUACCUCUGCCCUGCAGGGCACUACUGCCCUCUUGGCACACCUCUUCCUGUACCAUGUCCUCUUGGGACUUUCCAAAGUUCCCGUGGUGGCCUCUCAAGGGAGUCUUGCCAACCAUGUCCUCCGGGUGAUUACUGUCACCAGAGAGGCUUGACUGAGCCGAGUGGCCAGUGUGCAGACGGCUACUACUGUCCAGCGGGACAGAGCUCGGAGAGGCCUCAACAACACGUCUGCUCGGUGGGACACUACUGUGAGAAGGGCAGUGUGGAACCAAAACCUUGCCCUCCAGGCAGCUACCAGAACAUACAGGGUCGGGGCAGCUGCAUGACUUGCCCUCCUGGCUUCUACUGUUCAAAUCAAGGAACGUCUUCACCACGUCUUUGCGAGAGAGGAUUUUACUGUCAGAGUGCAUCAUCACAUCAACGCCCAUGCCCAGCGGGCUUCUAUGGAAACCUGACAGGCUUGGUUGAAGAGAGCCAAUGCUCACUGUGUGAUCCAGGGAUGUUCUGCAAAGGAUCAGGGAGGACUUUUCCCAGUGGUCCGUGUGCAGCAGGGUAUGUUUGUGUUGGGGGAGCCUUUGAACCAUCCCCAACGGACAAUCGAACCGGUUUCUUGUGCCCUGCUGGCUUUUUCUGCUCUGUGGGGACUUUUGUACCUCAACCGUGCCCCAAGGGAACAUUCAGUGAGCGAACGAGACUGGUGGACGAAUCACAGUGUCGUAGUUGCAGCCCAGGCUUCUACUGCUCAGAGACAGGCCUCUCAGCAGUCUCCGGACCAUGCCUUCCUGGCUUUUACUGUCUGGACGGCUCUCAGACGGCUGCACCAAUAUCAAGUGUAGCUGGAGGUGUAUGUCCAGCAGGCCAUUACUGUGCACAGGGCAGCAGUGUUCCCUUACCCUGCCCGGCUGCCUCCUUCCGGAAUGAGACAGGAGGAAAAGGCAAAGAUGACUGCAAGCCUUGCCCUCCUGGCUUCUACCAAGAUUUAUCAGGCCAGACGGAGUGUAGUCGAUGCCCUGUUGGCUUCCACUGCGAGACCCACAGAUGGAGCUCCACCAGGGGGAGCUUUUCAGGGCUCUCCAGCCCUCUGCCCUGCCCAGCUGGCUUCUUCUGUCCCAGGGAGAGAGCAGACGGUCGUCCGGUUCCUUGCCCUAAAGGCACAUAUGGCCCCAGUCAGGGUCUUACCUCUGAAGGUGAGUGCUCAGUGUGUCCUGCAGGUCACUUCUGCGGCUCUGAAGGUUUAGUGGAGCCCUCCGGGUGGUGCACUGCUGGCUAUCUUUGCCUAGCGGGGGCCUCGGUCCCCAACCCGACCGACAACAGUAGUGGGUCUCUCUGCCCUCCGGGGGUGUUCUGCCAACGGGGGCUUAAAGCAGGUGACUGCCGGGCAGGGUUUUAUUGUGGCUGGGGUUCGAGCAGAGUAGAUCAGACUGUGUGUCCCGCUGGGUUCUUCUGCCCUGGUGGAACACCAACACCCAUCCCCUGUCCUGCAGGAACAUUUAGCUCCCGUGCAGGGAACCCCCACCCGAGCAACUGUACUGAGUGUACCGCAGGAUACUACUGUCAAGUUGAAGGAACCGUGCAGCCCACAUUGUGUCCCGCUGGAUAUUACUGCCCCCCAGGAAUAACACAAGGACUGGGAUUCCCCUGUCCAGCUGGUACUGUCCAAAACCAGCUUGGGUCCUCCAGUCUUGAUGCCUGCCUACCCUGCCCUGCUGGAAUGUUUUGCUCCCAGCCUGGGUUAUCGCAACCUACAGGACAAUGUGACGCUGGACAUUACUGUCCUGCUGGAUCGACAGGCUCAAACUCUUCUGAGUUUCAGAGUAAUUCUACCAAAAGCCAUCUUUGUCCCCUUGGCCACUAUUGCCCUGCUGGAACGAAAAAUCCAAUUCCGUGCCCUGCAGGCUCUCUAUCCAUCUCCCGAGGUCUAAAGAGCGUUGAGGACUGUCCCCCUUGCCGCCCUGGACGGUUUUGUGAUAGACCUGCAAGUACAGAGCUCUCUGACGCUAGUCCUUGUCAUGCCGGCUACGUUUGCUUGGGUGGCAGCCCCAGCCCCGCCCCAUCUGACGGUUCUCAUGGCUACCAGUGCCCUGCCGGCCACAGCUGUCCUGUUGGCUCAGCCAGAGCUCUGCCAUGUGAGCCAGGCACGUACAGUCCAGCUCCUGGAGCAGCUGAGUGCAUUGUAUGCCCCAGAGGAAUGAUGUGCUCCUUCUCAGCCACACUGGAGCCUGCCCUCUGCACACUUGGUCAUUUUUGUCCUGUUGGAACAGCUCUGCCUCAACCUUGCCCUUUAGGGACUUUCAACAACCAGACAGGUGCACACUCCCGCUCUGUCUGCACAGCCUGCCCUCCUGGACUCUACUGUAGCACAUAUGGAGCUCCAUCGCCACAAGGUUCUUGUUUGCAAGGCUAUUUCUGCCAAGGUGGAGCCGUGGGACCAGCUCCACAAAGCUCAGCUAACUUCCCCAGGAAUGGGCCUUGCCCUGUAGGUCACUACUGCCCGGCAGGGUGUCUUGCUCCAAUUCCUUGCCCUCUCGGCACUGUCCGUAACACUACUGGAGGUGUGUCACUGGAGAGCUGCUCCACUUGUCCUCCAGGUCAUUAUUGCGCUACUGAAGGUCUCUCCAAGCCAAGCGGGCCCUGUGCCGGCGGUUUCUACUGCCCUUUGGAGUUCUCUUCAACCACUCCAUACACCUUGCCGUGUCCCAAAGGCCACUACUGCCCUCAAGGUUCUGCCGUGGCCCUUCCUUGUCCCACAGGGGAGUACCAGCCACAGCAAGGCGCAGACCGCUGCAUCCCCUGUCGACCUGGUUUCUUUUGUGAGGAGGCCAUCGUAGGAGAGCCUCAACCCUGCCCGCCGCAUUCAUUCUGCCCAGCAGGUACCAUGGUGCCUCAUCCGUGUCCAAAUGGGUCAUACACUGAUCCAAACAAGGGGGGACUACAGGAGGACAGAGAGUGUUUACCCUGUCCCCCAGGGAGGUUCUGCAGAGCUGGCAGGAUACAAGGCACAUGUGCUGCAGGAUAUCUUUGUGUUUACGGGAGUGCUGAUAUGACCCCACAGGGAUCAAUACCUGACCUGACGCAGUGUCAGUGGGGCGAGCAGUGUGCUGGACUGUGUCCACCAGGGUUCUACUGCCCUGAGGGCACAGAAAAGGCUGUGAUGUGUCCGGAAAACACUAUCAGAAGUUACCCAGGCGGUGCCAGCGUGCAGGACUGUUUAGCAUGUCCACCACAGCACUGGUGUCAACCUGGAGAGCCAGGCCCUCGUCUGUGCCCUGCUGGUCAUUACUGUGACGGUUUGCCUGGAAGUGACAUUAAUGGAUGGAGGGGACCCAAGCCUUGUCCUGUGUUCACCUACGGAGCCUCUACCGGAGCGGGCAGUAAGGAUGAUUGCCUUCCCUGCCCUCCUGGAUCCCACUGCAACAGCACAGGACUUGCAGACUACGCCAACACUCCAUGCCCACCUGGAUUUUGGUGCAGUGGGUCUGGACCCCCCAUCUUAUGCCCAGCAGGCACUAAGAGGACCCUUCCUGGUGCUGCUGAUCCCUGUCAAUGUGAACCUUGUGCUGGGGGGACCUUCUGCCCAGACCCUCAGGCUACAGGGAAGCCCAAUGUGGAGGGGAUACCCUGCAGGGCCUCUUAUGAAUGCCCCAUAGGUUCAGCCUCAGAGAAGCUCUGCAGAGCCGGCUCAUACUGCAAAGCACAGACUGCUGAGCCUCAAAUCUGUCCGGCAGGUUAUGUUUGUACUGAGGGGUCACACUCCUACAAUCUUCCUGAACAACUCUGUCCAUAUCCCUACUACUGCCCCCCCAAUAGCUCUGCAAUGAAGUCCUGCGAUGGAGGCUUAAAGCCUGUCAACACCAGUGGGCUUAGAGGGUCAAAAAAACGCUGCUGCAGUGUGUGUGAGGAGGGCACAUAUCGCCCCUAUCUAUCGACUGUCGUGAGAUGUCUGUCAUGUCCACAGGGAUAUUUCUGCCCACCAGGUACAGACAACUACAAGAGUACACCUUGCCCUCAAGGGUAUGUGUGCCCCUCUGGAUCCACACGACCAAUACCCUGCCCCCCUGGCUCCUUUGGCAACAUCACCCACGCCGAGAAGCUCCAAGACUGUCACCCAUGCCCGGCAGAUACCUUCAACCACCUGCAUGCCCAGAAAGCCUGCUUCCCUUGUGGCAGCUCGUCCACAUCAACACCAGGUUCUUCAUCGUGUGCCUGCAUUGGCAAAAACCGUGCUUUUCAGCACUCAGAUGGUUCAUGCUUGUGCAGAACGGGCUUCAUCUUUUAUAAUGAGCUGGACUUCAAAAGCUCUGCUUCUGACAGUGAGCUGGACUGCCAGCCUGAGAUGAAUCGGCGGUGUGCUGCAGGGCAGGUUCGUCUUGCAGCAUCCAGAGAGUGUGUAUCACCUUCCCUUCAUUCUUGUAAUGUAACCUGUGGACCGCAUGGAGGAACUCUGGAUGUGGAGAUGGGCAUCUGCCACUGUCAGCGAUACGUGUCGGCUGAGGAGCUGUGCGGAAAUUUCUGCCUCUCCAAAAUGCCACAGCUUUCGGCCCACUUCUCCCCAGAAGGACAUUUGCUUCUUAGUGUUAAAGAAAGACACAGCACGGUAUGGGCCAAGACUUUAAUGGAUGUCCUAGGACCAGAUAUCCAUUCACAGGAUAUUAGGAAAAUCCAUUUGGUUCAGUUUGACCCUCAAGGAGUGUUUGGUUGGAUUCCCAGACAAAGACAGGACGUUGAGCUGUUUCUCUCGGAAUCUUCAGAUGUCUCAGCCCCGACAAACAGAAGGAGGAGAAGCGCAGGAGAUCACAAGGAGGUGCUUCCUCGAAUUCCAAACCCAGUCGCCUGCCUGUCCACUGGUGAUAUGCUUAUUUUCCGUCUAACCAUUAAUCACACAGAUCGCAAUCUCAGCCACUUCCCCGUCUAUGAUAAAGACCACUUGUUCAACAGUAACCCCAGCUGGGACUUUGGGGUCUUCAGACGUUUGCAGACACUCAUGAAGCAGUCAAUUCUGAAUAACACCUGGUUUGCCCAUGUGUUUUCCCAAACAGGAAAAUAUGCAUUCAUGGACAGCGCUGUCCCACAUUGGAGUUUGGUGGUGGUGGUGAGUGAGGAUGGGACAGAGUGCGACCCACGGGCCACGGUCUUUCAGCCCAUGACCCCGACGCAGCUUGUCAGGUUUGGAGUUGUCAAGCAGCAUCGACUAAACCUCCUACCGGACUGGGGAGUGAUUACAGGCCUCCUAAGUCUACUGUUAGUGGUGGUUGUGGUGGUGACCACAACUGUGGUGGUGCUUUGGCCCAGCAAAGCAAAGCUGGUCUGUGGUCAGUGGAGGACAAAGCCCAAGUGGCGCAGUCUUGGCGACCCCCCUCAUCCUGUGGAGUGCAUUUGCAAUGGAGACAGGUUGUGUGCAGAUAGUAGAGGUGUAGCAGAGGGAGCAGAAGGUGAGGAGUCUGACCUUUCCAAAGGAGGAGUGGUGUCGGAGCGCUGUCAUUUAGAGGAGUUCAAUGUAAGGACUUUAUACGACAAACUGGAGGACCAGAACCUUCAUGUGGCCUCGCAGCUGGCCCGACACCGCAAGGACACGCAGGAGUUUUAUCGGAAUAUCUGCCAACAGGUUGAAGCACUACAGCAUGUUUUUGCAAACAUGGAUGGCAAAAAGCUGAGUCUGAUAAAAGAGCUGCUAGCAUCCCAGAACGCGAUGAAGGACAAUCCAUACUGCAACUCUGAUCAAAAGAUACAUGUACAAGCCAGUGACUCCACAGCAUUGCUGGGAGCUGUUCUCAGGUCAGUGGAGGCACUGUUGUAUAAGCUAAAUGGAAGCACUUGGCAGGACCAGGAUCUGCAACCUACUCAUGCCAGGGAACCACAAGCUUCAUCAAUGGAGUUGACCCAAACGGAAGCACCAGGCCAUUCACAGAGCACAGAGCCUUUUCUAAGUGAUGUGGACCUAUCCAGGGUAGUCUGCAUUACCCCCCUAUACAAGACCCUGCAAGAGAUCCAGCAGUCCUUGCAGAAUUUCCCCCCAGCUCAUCCCAGGCGACCUCUCCCUAACGUGAUUUGUGAUUCAUCCCAGGAGAACCCUGAAGUGCGACUUAUUCCAAGCGCCCUCGACAGCCUCUCGGCUCGGCACUCAGCUGUCUUCCUGUUUGGUUGCCGGGUGAUGAAACUCCUUGAAAAAUGGUCCUCUGUGUUCCCCUCCGUGCUCCUCAUGCCAGCCAAGUCUGUCCCGCUUUGGUGCUGCGAUAACAGUUUGCUGUCACAUUGCUCGGGGGACUUUUAUUUUGACGCCGGUCGUCAAGUCCUUUAUCUGUCAGAAACCAAGCUGGAACACGUGGGGCAUUUUAUCGCCACGAUCCUUCAAUCCAUGGCCCACAUCGCAUCAUCAGGACUGAAAGCCCAGAGCUUCAUGCGAGCGCUAGAUGAGGCCAUCUCAGCUCUGAGCCUGCAGCUAUUCAACAUGUCUUCCACGCUGAGCACAGCAGAGCAGGGUACAUUUGGAGAGGAAUUUCUCAGCAUAACCGCUCCUACAGAAACACACUUUACUGAGGAUCUUUUGGCUGCAAGGCUGGAAAAAUACAAAUAUUCAAUUUUAGAGCAACUCAUUGAAAGCCUCAAAGUAAAUCCAACUGAGGACACAGAGACAGCAUACGGGACUCAAGCAGAGCUGGAGGAAGAGAUGGACCGCUUGAACGAGGUUUUCUUGGAGCUCAGCAUGCAGCUGCAGAGGAGUGCUCAUGAAGAGGGAGAAGACGAGGUUAGGGCAUCGUCGUCAAGCCUGGGUCGUAAUGGAACAAUCCCGCUGGAACUGAAGAGACGCUCCAUAUCGCAGCGCCUCAAUCAGCUCCAAAUCACAUUAGACCGGAUCAGACAGCAGCAGCAGGUUCAGUGAUGGGGUGAGAGGCCACACACAUGCAUGCACCACCACCACCACCACCACCACUCAGCAGGGCCAGGAAAAGAGAGCUGUGCUGGCAGGCAAUGUUUGUGAUUCCUCCUGCAGUAUUCCAGCUGGCAGCAGCCAGGGCCAGCAAACAGCAGAGACUAGAGGUCUUGAUAAGUGCGACCUUGAGAGUGGUAUUUCUGAACAACUAAAUGACUAACACUGUCCAGAGCUCAAACUUUGACACGUUCCUGGACUACCACAUACCAAAGAGUCCUUUAGAUCACAGUUAAAAAUACACACCUAACACAAAAGACAAACAUGUGAUACAUGCUCUCGCAACAUCAGCCACACCCGCCAGGUCUAACAUAUAAAGGAAUACUCGGGCCACACUGAAAAAGUCAGAGUAAAGUUAAAGAAAAAAAAUGAGAAUGUGUAACUUAAAGAGAAAAAAUUCAACUUUAGGAAAAUAAAGCAGUAAUAUUAUGAGGAAAAAAUACAGAAAUAAAAUCAUAAGCUUAUGACCAUAAAAAAUGAUGACAUAUUUUAACUACUUAAAUAAUGUAUUUAUUAUCCUGAUUAAUGUAUUGCAGGUCUUUGAUUGAUGUGGGAAUUGACUUAAUUACAAAUGUAUUGUCAUUUUGCAUCUUCAUUCUUUUAUUAUAUUAAAUUAUAAUUCUUUUAUUAUAUUAAUUUUUUUCUUUUUUCUUACAAUCUUAAAAUGUUUUCUCUUCAUAUUUUAUACUUUAUACAUUUUAUAUAAUUACAAAUUGAUUCUUAUAUUACAUUUAUUUCUAUAAAAUAGUAGCAUUGUUAUUCUCUUAAUAUUAUGUGUUUUUUUCUUAUAACUCAACUUUUUUCAUCAAAUUAGAUUUAUUUCACAAUCUAAAUUUUUUUUCUGCUUCAUCUUAAAUUACACUUCUAAGAUUACAAAUUAAUUCUCAUCAUAUUACAUUUCUUACUAUAAAAAUAUUAUUGUACAACUUUGUCUAAUCUUUUACACAUCUUCAUUGUCAUAACAUUGAAGCUUUUUUGUAACUUAUUACAACUUAACCAGUCCAGGGUGGACCCCGCCUCUUGCCCGAAUUCAGCUGGGAUUGGCUCCAGCAUGGAUGGAUAUUCUCGUAACUGUACAGCUUUUUCUUGUAAUCUUUAGACUUUAUUUUCCUUUUUAAAAAUGUACCUUUUUGUACAUAAUUUGUUUGUAAUAUUUAAUAUAUAUAUAAUAUUAUGACUUCAUUAUCAUAUUAUGACAUUGUUUUCCACACGGUGGUCUAGUCGUUAGCACGUUGGCCAAUACAGGAACAGCCUGGAGAUCGGGAAGACCUGGGCAUUUCUGUGUGGAGUUUGCAUGUUCUCCCCGUGUGCGCGUGGGUUUUCUCCGGGCACUCCGGCUUCCUCCCACAUUCCCAAAAACAUGCAGGUGAGGUUAAUUGGCGACUCUAAAUUGCCCAUAGGUAUGAAUGUGAGUGUGAAUGGUUGUUUGUCUAUAUGUGCCCUGCGAUUGGCUGGCGACCAGUCCAGGGUGUACCCCGCCUGUCGCUCGAAGUCAGCUGGGAUAGGCUCCAGCAUGCCCCCGCGACCCUAAUGAGGAUGAAGCGGUAUAGACAAUGGAUGGAUGGAUGGAUGGACAUUGUUUUGUAAUUUUUGACUUAUUCCCACAAUUUUAUGACUUACCUCUCAUUAUUGGUGUAAUUAGGCAUCUUUUUUCAUCUAAUUGUAUCCUUUUUUGUUCGUGUGGCCCUUAUAGACCUUUGUGCUAAUGAGAGCCUAUAGUUUAUGAGAUGAUGUCUAUAUAUUCAUACAGUGUAGACUACUAAUAUGUCUUGUUUAGAAAUGUGGUGUGUGUUGUCUUUUCUACCAUUCUAAUGUACGAUUUGUAAGUACAGGCACAAUUAACGCAAUAAACUUGAAGUGAAUGAAUAGAAAUAUAGCCUGUGUGUGUGUGUGUGUGUGUGUGUUCCCUGUCAUAAAGGGUGAUGACCAGCAUGUGUCCACGCAUAAUUCAUCAUUUCACAGCCUGUUAUACAAUUCACCUCCACUGUUGAAGAACCCUGACUGGCUCUAACAUGCUGGCUCAUUCCAGGACCUCUGCUUUGCUGUGGUUGCACGGCCAGCAGCGAGCUCAUGCACAGGCUUCUAAUACAGCAAGCGUAUUCCUUCAGGGUGUGUGAGCCAAAUCAGAAGGUCAGACAGAGCAAGUCUUCACUGACUAUCAGUGUUUGUUUGGGGCCCGGUGCCGAAUUCCCCCCCGGUGGAAUCUGGCCUGCCCUCCAGCUCUUUGUGUGUGUUUGUGCCCAUUGCACACUUUAUCAACUCGAUUAGCUGCAGUGCGCUUCUGAGCUGGCCUCUGUGUCUCUAUAUGUGUGCCUGUGUGUGUGUGUGUGUGUGUGUGUGUGUCACUGUGGGACUGGAUCUGAGUAAGGCUUUUGUAUUGCUUUCAUGAUUAUAUUUUCUGUGGUUGUUUACAGACACACAGGUGUUUUUAUAUACUCAGUGGAUGUGUGACUACAUACAGUAUAUGUGGCGAUAACCAUAGAGCCAGAGAUGGCACUUACUGUGACAUCGGAAAGGAUUUUGCUGUUCAGGAAAAUGUAUUGAAUACCUUUAUUUAUAAAAGGCCACUUGGUAAACCGUAUUGCAUAUACUUCCAAUUCCCGCACCUUAGCUCUUCAAGCCUGGGGACUCCCAGGGCCCGCCCACGUCGCUUCAAGCCUAUCCCGGCACCACGUCUCAAACCACCACCACCAGUACUUCCGCUCCUUCUCCAGUUCCUGUCCUGGCGUCUCCCAUACACCAGCCUGCUUUGCCUGGAGGCCUUUUCCUGGCGUCUUCCUCAUGCCAGCGUGCUCCUUUUCAGUUCGUGUCCUGGCUUUUUCCCCAUGCCGGCGUCCUCAACCUGCAGUUCCUGCCACAGCUCAGCUAAUGCAGCCUCCCCGCCGGGCAUGCCGUCCCCGCCGUGCUGCGGAGAGGCUUCGCGGCUCCUCCACGCAUCCCUUUCUUUACUGUCACUCCCUGAAUGUGUCCCUGUGUGACAGUUCAUUUAUGUUCCCUUUUAAUAUAUGAAAUAUUCUAUUUAUAAUCAGGAAUCCUGCUUUGUGGAGAUUCACUUAUCUCGGUCGGUUCUGUAAACAAUGAACCACGAUAAACGAGGUAUUGCUAUACAAUACUGUAAUUGACACAAUAAGCACACCAUUGAUUACUGCUUGACAACCACUCUGUCGUUACGGUGCCAAUGCCAGAUUUCCAGAUUUAUUAAUCAAUAAUGUUGGUGGACCAGUCUGGACACUUCUCAUGCUGUGUUGGUUGUGUGUUCAUUUUCAUGUAGUAGUCGUUGACGAGCUAUACUUACUUACAGUCCAUAUUCCCAGCUUUCCCAGCAUGAGAUUAACAUUUCACUCUCACCCAACAUGUGUGCUGUAAUCAUGUUAUAAUCUUGAAAUCCUUCCAAAUCCCUGGAAAUCUGCUCGAGGGAACAUGCUUGAACAUGCGUGAACAUGUGGUGAGCCACAACAGUUGGAGACAUUCACCAAGGAAAUGUGCCUUUGGGGGGCACAUGACUUCCAGUUCCGUGUUAUGAGAUACUUUAGGCUGACUGAGUUGUCAACAUUGGUUCGUUUUCUUGUUUAGCGGAGAGUAAAGUGUUGAUUCAACUCAUCUUCUACUUCAGUCUCAUCAACCACACGUUACACAGCAUGUUUCAUCUUUUAUUGUAAACGUCUGUACUUGCUGUGUGAGACUGCGUUCACCACGUGCUGAGCACAGUGUGUGUAUGCUGUCACAAAGCAGGGCCUCCUUCUGCAUGGUCGCCAUGGCAUCACCGCAUCACUGUUGCUAUGGUUCCCCUAUCUCCAGGAUGUGGCUGCCAUAUUUAGUCCCCUGGCCUGCUGCCGAUUUAACACAAGAGUGCACUCAGACACAUUUUUGGUCCUCAUGUUAAAACGCGGCAACGCACACGUCAGCAGUUUCUCGCGUUUUGCAGCUCGACAUGAGAGCUAAAAAUAGAAACUGGGAUGUAUGCUCAACUCUUCCGAUUCUUCAUCUGUUCUCAGUCCCGCCAUGACUUCACAUAGAUUAGCUGCCAGAUUAAACAAUCUAACAAUGAGGCCACUGCAGCUCCUGAGAACACUUCACAAUUGCCUCAUUCUUUUUUUUGGGUCACAGAGUUGACAGAUUACAUAAUGACACACCACGCUAAUCCACAUCUGCUGUGUCUCAAAAGAAAUAGGUUUGAAUUUAGAACUAUAAGAUUACUACUAAGUAACUACUCUGCCACUACUAAGAUGACGCUGCUGCGUACACACUGGAAUGAUCCCCUGUCAAUCACAGAGAUAACAUAUGCAGUACAGACAGGCGACCAUUCACACUCACAGUCACACCUAAGGGCAAUUUAGAGUCUUUGGACGGAAGGGAAAAUCAAGUUUUCAUAGACUAAAUUAAUUACACCUUUUAUCACACAUGUUUAUUUUAUUAGUUUAUUUUUUAUUAAUUUUUUAUUUAUUAAUUUAUUUAUUAUUUAUUUUCUUUAUGAAAUGU